AUGGAAAAGUGUUUGAGUGCCACCUCUUUGGUGGCACUUGCACUGCUUGGCAGUUUUGUUUGGACAAUUGUAGAGGCUCAGGGCUCAAUGUGGCAGAACGCUGCAGCACCAAUGUCUAAGGGUGCUCCACCUCCUCAGGCACCAAAGAUUCCUCGUCCUGACCCUCCACAGGUUCUGCUCCCUCCACCACCAAAGACUCCUCAAUAUAAUCAAGUGCCAAAGGUCCAACCAGCUCCGCCGCCAAAGUUUCAUCCACGUCCUGAGGUUCUUCUGCCUGCUCAGACGCCAAAGGUUCUUGAACGCCCACAGGUUCUUCUGCCUGCUCAGACGCCAAAGUUUCAUCCACGUCCUGAGGUUCUUCUGCCUGCUCAGACGCCAAAGUUUCAUCCACGUCCUGAGGUUCUUCUGCCUGUUCCACCACCAACGUUUCCUAAAUAUCCUCAAGCAUUCCAUGAUCAGUCUCCCCAGGAGCCAAAGAUCCCUCAACCACAGCACCCUGCAGUGCCACAGAUACCAAAGCAACCACCUGCCCAGAGUUGUGAAGUGGCACAAAGCGUGAGAAUCACAUGUGGAGGUCCUGAUAUCUCUGCUGCAGGAUGUGAAGCCAUAAACUGCUGUUUUGAUGGCCGACAUUGCUACUUUGGAAAAGCAGUGACCGUCCAGUGCACCAAGGAUGCCCAGUUUAUUGUGGUAGUGGCCAGAGAUGCCACUCUGCCCAACAUUGACCUUGAGUCAGUCGCUCUGCUGGGGGAAGGUCAGGGCUGCACACACGUUGACUCUAAUUCAGACUUUGCCAUCUACCAGUUUCCUGUUACCGCCUGUGGCUCUGUUAUUAUGGAGGAGCCUGGUGUAAUAAUCUAUGAGAACAGGAUGUCCUCCUCAUAUGAAGUAGGAGUUGGCGACCGUGGAGCCGUUACCAGGGACAGCUACUAUGAAUUGCUCUUCCAGUGUAGGUACAUCGGCACUUCUGUUGAAACUAUGGUUGCAGAGGUAUUACCGUUGCAAGAUCCUCCUCUACCAGCUGCUGCUUGGGGACCCAUCCGAGUACACCUGAUGUUGGCUAAUGGGCAAUGCCACACAAAGGGUUGUAAUGAAUUGGAUGUGGCCUACAGCUCUUUCUACACGGAGGCAGACUACCCUGUGACCAAAGUACUGAGGGACCCUGUGUACGUGGAGGUUCAACUCCUUGAAAAGACAGAUCCAAACCUUGUCCUGACUCUUGGUCGCUGUUGGACAACCACAAGCUCCAACCCUCAUAGUCUGCCCCAGUGGGACAUUCUGAUCGAUGGGUGUCCAUACAGGGAUGAUCGCUACUUGUCCUCACUGGUUCCAGUCGGUCACUCCUCUGGUCUGGCCUUCCCAAGUCACUACAGGCGUUUCAUUUUCAAAAUGUUUACCUUCGUGGACCCCAGCUCAUUAGUGCCCCUGAAGGAGCAGGUGUACAUUCACUGUAGCACAGCUGUGUGCACUGCUGCUCUGGGCCGCUCCUGUGAACCAUCAUGCUUCAGAAAAAGGAGAGAUGUCCAGGCUGUGGACCAGAGGACGGCUGAGCCAAAGGUUGUGGCUUCUGUUGGGCCUGUGAACAUUGUGCAGCAACCAGCACAGAGCGCCUAG